AUGAAGUCCACUCAGAACCUCGCAGCAGCAAUGCUGUUUAACGGCGUUGCUGCUGGCAUUGUGAAGCCAGCCAUCGGGAACGAGACAGAGCCCAACACGGCAAAGACAUUUGUUGCUACGGUCACGUCCGACCACUCCUUCUAUUGCCCGGAGCCCACCGCCUUCUCUCACGGGGGAGUCACCUAUACGGUCACUGAGCCAAUGUAUGUGACCAUCACUAACUGUCCUUGCGAGGUUACCUUGACGCAGAAUCCAAAGUCUCCUGAGGUAUCGAUUGUGCCUCCAGGACCGCCUGCACCACCGCCUCAGGUUACAGCUCCUAAGCCAGGUCCUCCUCCUCCUGCCCCUGAACAACCAGCUACCGGACCUCCACCACCCCAAGUCCCCCCAACCGGCACCGCCAUAUCUGCGGUACCUUCUGCUGCAGCUAAUAAGGCCAAUGGCAACCUGGGUGCCCUUCUAGUGGCUGGUGUUGCUGCUCUUGCCAUCUUAACUGAUAUCUGA